CUUUGCUUUAUCAGACUAGAGCAGAAGAACAUCAAGGCUUGGAUUAUGCAUAUUCUAAUUUCACUACUGCUUCUGGCUACAGGUGGCCCAGGUGAAGCAGCUCACUGGCAGAAGCUGAAAUGUCCCUAUGAGCAAAACCACAUCAGCCUGCCGAGGGUCUGGUGUCGGCAGAGCUCAGAGGAGUGCUGCUCUGGCCUCGCCUUCAGCUGGGAUACUCCCUCAGUGCAUGGAGGCAAACUGAAGGUGACCGAGGACUCACGCUCCUUCACCGUGGAGCUGCUGGAGCCGAGCCAUGGAGAAGGAGUGUACUGGUGUGGGGUGCUGGGCAGAAAUGACACCAUCAUAAAGCUGGCUGAAGGCUACUUCUACUACUCAACCACAGGUUCUUACAUCUGGGCUUAUACUCGCUGGAUCCUGCUGUGUCUGCUGCCCACAGUGACCACAUUCACCUGCAUGUACGCCAGAAGAAUCGCCAGACAUCGUUCUCAGAAAGCAGAGGAGCCGUACGAUGACGUUGCUGUGCCCCGCUCUCUGACUGAUCCUCGCUAUGAAAACGCUGCAUCGUGCCUUCUGCAGGAGCGCUGAGGAGAGUUUACAGCCUGCUGGCACAAUCAAACACAAAACCUUCCAAGUUAUGCUGUUUUUCAGAUUGAUCAACGGUUAGAAAGAAAAAAAAAAGUAGAAAAAGACAAGACUUUUUUUAUUUUUAUGAAGAAAUAAGUUUGCAUUUAUUGGACAAACCAAACAUCGGCAAACUCACACAUAGUGUAAAGAUGGAACAUGUCAUGGGGUGAAAAAUAAAUGAAGGGUUUCAUUCCAAAAUGUCAUACAUCCAGUUGGAAAAAACACCUGAAAACACAAUAUUUCUAAAGUGCAAAUCAUUCUCAGAAACAGCAUUACUAACUUCUCCCCCUGGAUCUUGUCUGUAUUCAAUAAACCUGUACUAUUUCAGUG